UAUGUAAAGCGGCCGGGCCCGGGGUGGGUCACCGCGAGACGCCGUGUCCCUCGCGCAGGCGGGUGGCCCCGGAGAGCUAGUGCGUGCAAAGGCGGGACGGAGGCGCCCCCCACUCAUCAUGAACAGAAGCAUCUCCCGAAAGAGCCACACAUUCCUGCCCAAGAUCUUCUUUCGAAAGAUGUCAUCCUCCGGGGCCAAGGACAAGCCCGAGCUGCAGUUUCCCUUCCUUCAGGAUGAGGAUACGGUGGCCGCACUGCACGAGUGCAAGACGCUCUUCAUCCUGCGAGGGCUGCCAGGGAGCGGCAAGUCCACGCUGUCCCGGGUCAUUGUGGAUAAAUACCACGAUGGCACCAAGAUGGUGUCUGCCGAUGCCUACAAGAUCACGCCCGGCGCCCGAGGAGCCUUCUCCGAGGAGUACAAGCGGCUGGACGAGGACCUGGCUGCCUACUGCCGCCGAAACAUCAGAGUGCUUGUGCUAGACGAUACCAACCACGAGCCAGAGCGCCUGGAGCAGCUCUUUGAAUUGGCCGACCAGUACCAGUACCAGGUGGUGCUGGUGGAGCCCAAGACGGCGUGGCGGCUGGACUGUACCCAGCUCAAAGAGAAGAACCAGUGGCAGCUGUCAGCCGAUGAUCUGAAGAAGCUGAAGCCUGGGCUGGAGAAGGACUUCCUGCCACUCUACUUCGGCUGGUUCCUGACCAGUAAGAGUUCUGAGAUCCUCCGAAAAGUUGGCCAGGUCUUCCUGGAGGAGCUGGGGAACCACAAGGCCUUCAAGAAGGAGCUGCGACACUUUAUCUCGGGGGAUGAGCACAAAGAGAAGAUCGAUCUGAUCACCUACUUUGGGAAGAGACCCCCUGGAGUGCUGCACUGCACAACCAAGUUCUGUCAAUACGGAAAGGCCGCAGGGGCCGAGGACUACGGUCAGCAGGAUGUGGUGAAGAAAUCUUACGGCAAGGCCUUCACAUUAACCAUCUCUGCCCUCUUUGUGACACCCAAGACGGCUGGGGCCCGGGUGGAGUUGAGCGAGCAGGAGCUGCUGUUGUGGCCAGAUGACGUGGACAAGCUGUCCUCUGACAACCUGCCCCGGGGGAGCCGCGCUCAUAUCACCCUUGGCUGUGCGGCCGAUGUGGAGGCCGUGCAGACCGGCAUUGACCUCUUAGAGAUUGUACGGCAGGAGAAGGGGGGCAGCCGUGGUGAGGAGGUGGGUGACCUUACCCGGGGCAAGCUCUACUCCUUGGGCAGUGGGCGCUGGAUGCUAAGUCUGGCCAAGAAGAUGGAGGUCAAGACCAUCUUCACAGGAUACUACGGGAAGGGUAAACCUGUGYCCACUCACGGCAGCCGGAAGGGGGGCGCCUUGCAGUCCUGCAUCAUCAUCUGAGGGUUUGUGCCACAGUGUGCUCCUCACUCUUUAGAAGGGAGGGGGAGGAGAGGGCUACAUGUGCUCCAUGUGGUAAGAUUUUUUUUUUUUUUUACUCAAAGUUAACUUACAUAUAACUUUUUAAAAAACUUGUAAAAUAACUGCCUCUCCCUUGCUGUCUGCCCUCUUCCCCUCUAACACACCAAGUCUCAACACAAGGUGGGUGGAUUGACCCCAUUCAGGAAUCUGGAUCAAAGCUGAUAAGGCUGUGCUGCUGGGCCAGUCAGAACCCCACCUUGCCCCACCUCCAGGAACUGGCCAGCCCUGCCCCCAGCCCAGGCCCUGCUAAGGACCAAAGACAGUGGGGCUGGAGUCUGGGGCCCAUUGCCACAGGAGGAGGAUCCCCRGGCUUUUUUCUUUUUUUCUUUUAAUAAAAGCAAGUGAACAGGAAUUUUAUUUAAAAGGUGGCUCAGAACUCGCAGCACAGCACCUGGGAGGCAUAAGAGUGCCCUGGGCCCCUGGGUUUUGAUCCCAUUUCUUAAUCACUGUAACCCCUGGGAUUAUUUGCCAGGGUAGAAAAAGGGGUUUACCUCCCACCUUUGGUCCUAAGUCCCUGUCUCCUUUAUCCUAUAACUAGGUAACAGUUUGAUAACUGAUUCAGCAGCAGCUGCCACCUCCCAGUCCCACCCCAGGAAGGGGUUGAGUUGGCUGUCCUUCCCAGUGGUGUGGCUCUGCUGCAUAGCCAAGGAGAUAGAUAGAGGCCAGAGACACAGCAGGGGAGAGCUCCAGCCUUGCUGGGCUCAGUCCACCUUGCCUCCCUGGUGCCUCUGGAGGCCUUUGAGCCUUCUCUAAAGGAGGCUACUGGGUACCAAGAGCCAAUGGAGGGGACCUCUAGUUGGCCAGGCAAACCCCACCUGCUGCCUCUGAGGGGUUUUAACACUGCUCCAUGGGUUCUGGUUCCUGGAGUGCCUUCACUGCCCUCUGCUCAAUAACAGGACCUUGCUAAUCAGGUUGUCACUCAACAGAGUAUUUUGGAUUUAAGUUACUAUCUGGGUUUUGCCCAGCCUCGUCAACUUGUAAGACUGAUAAUGAAAUAAAUCAUGUUAAUCCUA